UACUACUGCUACUGCUACUGCUGUUACAGGUAAGGUGAAGUAGGAAUCAUGUACCACCUCGUCAAGUCCGUAUACCUGCACGCGACCAGCAAGGAGGAGUACUCCAUCCUGCUGCUCGGUCUCGACAAUGCCGGCAAGACGACGCUGCUGGAACAGAUCAAAAGCAUGUACAAUGCCGAGUACGAUGCGAAACUGAACACUGUGCCGACUGUGGGCCAAAACGUCAGUCUGAUCGAUCUGCCGGAAAUGUAUUUGCGAAUAUGGGAUGUUGGUGGACAGCACACCUUGCGAGGACUGUGGCAGUCGUACUACAGCAGUUGCCAUGCCAUUGUCUUCGUGAUCGACAGCACCGACAUUGGGGACGCGGAUAUCUCGCGGCUGUCGGAAGACACCACCAAGGCCAACGACGAGGGCAGAUUGGACGAGUGCAAGCUGGUUCUGGAAGACGUGCUGCAAAACGACGUUACGGAGGGUGUGCCGAUAUUGGUUCUCGCGAACAAGCAGGACCGCGAGGACUGCGUCGAGGUCGUGCGCAUCAAGGAGGGACUGGUCAAAAAGGUCUUCGAGGGUGAGAAGGGCCAGAAUGUGAGAGACAGUCGAGUGCUACCUUUGAGUGCAUUGACUGGGACUGGUGUCAAGGAAGCCGUCGAGUGGCUCUGCAGCAGAGUCAAGUGGAACAAGGACGCCAGGCCACCGGUGAUGCGGUGAUGGGGCCUGUUCACCUGAGCCUGAUCCGUAGCAAGGACGUCGCUGCAAAUGGUCAUUGUCACGAUCGAUCUGGUAGCCAUUACUGCUUACACCUACUUCCGACUUGUGGCUCGGUUCGAGUGUUGGAAUGAUCACUUUUCUCUUUACAGCUUACGCUGUACGAUCAGUAUCAAGCGAUCCACCUAGUCGGUUUCCAGAGACGGUCUUUCUGCUUUUGACUGCAUGCCGCGAGGCAGGCAUGACGGAGUAAGGUAGUCUUACACCAGAUCGUGGCUGCAAGCUCACACCGCGAUUCCACUCGAUUUCCCGUAAACCUCAGUAUAUCCCUAAACUUAAGGUACAACAUCCUCCCUUCACGCACAUUGGGCUGCUCUCCCACAUUCAUACUCGUUCCGCCGUCGGCUCUGGAACACCAGCAGCGCGAGUUUCUCUCCUUCGUCCCGCCCCGCCAAGGUUGUUAGUAUCGACAUAGCCAUGAAACGACCUGGACUUGCGACUGUGCAAUCUAGUGGCACUGAUACCGAGUCGGCACAUUCAC